AUAGCAACUGAAGGCAAUUUAGUAUUCAAGAGUAUUAAAGAUGAUCAACGAGAAUCUGCAAAGUCUAUGGUUGCAACUUUCGAAUACUUGAACGAAGCCAUGGCGACGGCACUGCAUGAAGUUCUUAUUUCAGGAGGUCCUGCUUUGGAAUUUACCUCUAAUAAUUCAGGAACAGUGUCUUUCUGUCGGGUGGAUUGGAGUGUUAUCGAAGAUAAACAAAAUUCCUGUGGCUUUUUGCAAUCAUUCAUCUUUAAUUUAUCCUCGAAUGGCAGUCAGUCAGACUUUAUAAUCAGAACGAGUAACACAACCAGUGACGUCUACGCUUUCUUUGGUGACUCUCGUGAAAGUCCGAAAUCAGAACUUCUUUCCCUCUCUAUAUAUUCCAUGCAUGGCCUAAAUUUUUCUGAUGAAGCAUCAAAAUUUCGAAUUAAGCUCAAGAAGAGACUUAGUGAAAGUAACAACUCCAUCAACGAUGAGGAACAGCUCUACUUGCCUGAUCCACUAGUCGCAAUCGAUGGCUCAUUGAUACAUCAAUCUUUAAUAAUGCACGCGUUUGAGGUGGAUGAUAGCGACAAUAGCGAUUUUGUGUUUCAACUUGAACCAAAUGAGAUUUCUUCAUGUCCGCAGUACUUGGUCAUAGCAAGAUUCGUUAUUCCACCUAAUCUGCGCCAGCUGGAUGACUUUGGACAAUUCUUCUGGACUAUGCUUCCUACUUCGAUCUCAAAAUGCAAUUCUAGUAAGUGGGGUGAAGAGGGGCUCUUGGAUUACGCUUUAUAUAUACAAUCUAGUGAAUUAACAAAUCUGAAAUCAGAUGCUAUAAGACGAACUAGGCAUAUGCGACUCAAGGCAUCAGAAAUCAAUCGACUUUAUAUUGGAUACAGGGAGUUAACUGUUGAAGAGCAAGACCUCUAUAAUGAAAUCAAUCCACCUCCAAUUCCCUAUCGAUUCACCAAUCAGAUUAACACGACGGCACGUGUUUUUGUGAGUCAACCGUCGUGUGUCUAUUUACAUUCGCGGGAUGACCACUGGCAGACAAAUGGAUGUCAGGUAAAUUGUUCCCUUCGAGUCGUUAAUUGA